AAAUCGGGCUUGUGAUAAUUGCCGUAGAAAGAAAAUACGCUGUGAUGGUCCCCAGACACACCCAGAGGAAUGCAGCAACUGCUCUAUUAGCUCCAGUGCGAGUUGCACAUACGUCAAUCCAGCUCAGCAGAACGUUGCGUCCAGCUAUGUCAAACACUUAGAAGCUAAGUUGGAAGAAUACGAACGGUUAUUGAGUGAAGUCUAUCCAGAUUUCAAAACGGAUUAUAAUUCAUCAGACAACAUUAUACAUCGUAAGCGGAAGUACACUCCGCCGAGUAGCUCUACGGGUACGAUGAGCGCUCAUAUCAAUCCGAUUAGCCCGAUAGAUUAUGAGGACGUAGAAAUAGCUGACAGAUUAGGAUACAUCUUUGUAUCGAAUGAAGAUAGAGUCUCAAACGAUGACCAGAGAAGAUACUUUGGCAGAUCCAGCGCAAGAGGGCUUAUUGAGCGUAUAAAUAUAUAUAAUGGUACGACACCGCAAGAUAUUCUAUCAAGUGGGAAUUUUUUAAGAUGCUUUGCUAUCCCUUACGACUUUCAGGCAAGCGAAAGAUAUACUGGCGUGACGACUGGAGUGAUGAGAUCCUCCCUCAUUUAACAAAACCAGAAUAUAUACAUGAAGAUUUCGGAGAUGAGUCGCUAAUGUACGAAUUGGUUGAUCUCUACUUCACAAAAGUCAAUGUCUCAAUGCCGCUUUUACAUCGCGAAAGGUUUCUGGCUGAUAUUCCAAAACGCAAGCUGGAAAGGGGUUUUGGAAGUGUAUUAAUUAUGGUUUGUGCGCUGGGUAGUCAGCAUAUGCGAGCUGAUGACCUGCGAGUUCUUAUUCCCGGGAAGGAAAACAUCCUCUUCCUUGCCGGGUACCGCUAUUAUGGUAUUGCAAAAGCAAAAAUGAUUGAUCCGACCAUGUCAAUAGCAUCACUUGAAGAUAUACAAGCAUUUUUUCUGCUGCAGGUUUAUUCGCAGAAUGGUGUCUAUCCAAAAGGAGGUUGGAUCGCUCAUACUAAUGCGAUGAUGCUCUCACAGGAUAUUGGCUUACAUCGCAAGUCAUUUCAUGGUAUCAACAAUGAACGACAACGAGAGGCUCGUAGGAGAACCAUAUGGUGUCUUUUCAUUAUCGAUGUCACUAAUGCGGCAGCAUUUGGAAAAACGCAGGUUCUCACAGAAAGAGACAUUGACAUGGAUUUACCUUCUGCUGAUAGGUACGGCGAUAUUCACUCUAAGAAUAGACUUAGUGUCUCGUAUCUUGUCUCACUUGUUCAACUAUACAAAUUGUUAAGCCAGAUCUUGCGAUCGGUUUAUCGCUUAAAGGAGAACGUGAAUGGUGAUGAUAUUGUUAUGAAUAUUUCAGAUAUAGCAGCUUUAAAUUCAAGUUUGAAUAAAUGGCUUAACGAGCUUCCUGUUGAUCUACGUAUUGAAAGUUGUUCUAAUGGUGAUGAGGAAGUUUAUCAACUAAGAAGUUAUCUGAAAAUUGGCUUUUACAUGGUGCAGAUAUACAUAUACAAGUCAUUUUUACCUGAUCCACGAUCGUUUGAAUUGUCUUACUUUAGAAUUACAAGCUUGGUAAUAUGCUCAAAUGCCUCAAAAUCUAUUAUCUCAAUCCAAAAGAAAUUAGUUCUAGAUAGGGAGAAUAUCAAUGGGACAUGCUACAGCGAUCUAUUACUCUCUUGGAGUGUUUUCAAUGCCACUAUCGUUCUUAUUCUUAGCUUUUGUGAGAGUCGGAAGAACAAAGAUAUCAACUUAGAUGAUUUGGAAUAUAUUCAAUUGGGCAUUGAAAUUCUUAGGAAACGAGAAGCAAGGGUCUUAUUAUGCGGCAGAGCACUAGAUAUGCUUUUACAAGUGAUUCGGACAGCAAGUCUGCCGUUGGAUCCUGCCUUCAUGCAAGCGCAAGAAGAACAUGUGGAGAAACAUCAAAGAUCUGGGAAUCUAAAUGAACAAGGAGAUAUCCUUUUUAUGAACCUGACGCAAUUCGAACGACAAGGAACAGAUUUCCUGGAUGAUGUUAACUUAGAUAGUAUUUUGCCAUCAUUAUCUACCGGUGAAGACUGGUCAGAUGUGCUUAAUGCCAUGUUCAAUGGCAAUAAGUAGUAUAAUCAUUUGUGUUUGUUUUAUUGUUAAUAUACAAGCAUUUAUAUUACACUUUAUAAGUGUUAAUGUAUGUUAGCUGUAAAGGUAUGCAGUUUAUUUAAUAUGUUUGAUGAUCUUAGGAGGAUUUCCUGCAAUAACAACAUUCUGUUGCGUCUUAGCCUUGAUAUUCUGGUUAUAAACUUUACUUACGUCCGGGAAUGUGCCCCAAACAGUGGUUCCUGCGGCGACAGUACAUCCUUCAACUGUUAGAAACAGAAGUUAUGUGCGCUACAACUCACCAUUACCGAUUUUCGUAGGAGUUCUCGCGUUGCAAACUAUAUUCACCGAUCCACCUAUCCAAACAUCAUCUCCAAUUUCGACUGGAUAGCCUCUCUCAAGCUCUUCCAGGCGUUCCUCGACAUGAACAGAGUGUGUCGCGGCGUAAAUGGAGACAUUUGGACCAAAUAGCACUCUAUCACCUAUUAUGACCUUCGCAGAAUCAAGAAUGGUAGUAUUGUUAUUACAGUAGAAGCUACCUUUGAAUUCGAUGAAUACGCCAUGGUCGCAGUAGAAUGGUGGUUCGAUUGCAAGUUUUUUUGCCUUCUCGAGGGGUAUAUCAAACAAUUGUGCCAAUAUGUCAUACUUCUUUCCAUCUAUACCGCCGAACAUAUCCUCUGGCGUCAUUCCAGGAGUGUAUUUCGCAGGUCGGUAAUGAUUUAACUCGUACAGUAAAUUCUUUGUGCGUGUUUUCAGCUGGAGCAUCACCGGGUCAGUUAGUGGCAAAUAUGGCUCACCGUUAAGCAUUUUUGUGAUUUCUUCACUAGAUUU